ACCUCGCCACCCGUUCGGGCCCACUUGCCAGCAAGCUGCAGACAGACUUGGCCACAGAGUAGGAAAAGGGAGGGAGUGUUUUUGUAAGUGCGUUCCCAGGGGAGAGGCGGUCAUUGUCUACUUUGCCAGGACGCCGAUCAGUUGCAGGUCCACUCGGGUUGAGCAAGCACAGUACAGCGUCGCACCUGCUGCAUCCGAGCACGAGGAGCUGCAACUACAACAGAGUCAAGAGAAGAGAACGUCGCCAUCGCACAAGCAUGACAGAGGCCGAAAUCGCGAAGGAACUGGACGAGCGCUGCUUCCUGUCGGCGCAAGCUAUCUCCAACCUCAAGGUGUCCGACCACUUCCAGGUGCUCAAGUUCCUCGGAGAAGGCUCCUACGGCAAGGUCAUGCUGGCAGUGCACAGGAAGAAAGGAACGCCCAUGGCUCUGAAGUUCUUCCCUCGUCAGUCCACGAGUCUCGCGUCCUUCCUGAGAGAGUACAACUUGUCUCUUUCCUACUGCACGCACCCUUCGCUGACUCGGGCGCUGGGCAUCUUUUUUUCAACGUCCUCACACUACGUCUUCGCCCAGCAGGCCGGCCUCUACGGGGACCUGUACAGCGUGAUCGUGUCAGAGGUCGGCCUGGAUGAGGAGAGGGUCCAGAGGGUGAUGGCCCAGCUGAGCGGCGCCGUGACCCACCUCCAUUCCCUCGGUUUUGUCCACCGGGACAUCAAGCCCGAGAACAUCUUCCUGUGUGACAGUUCCUGCCGCUGGGUCAAACUGGGCGACUUCGGCCUGACCCGGGCCAUCGGGUACUCCGUUGGGGCCGUCUGGUACCAGUCGCCCUUCUGCACCCCGGAGGUGGAGCCCGCCAAGGAGGCGGAGGAGGAGAAGGAGUGUGAUGUCACAGAGAAGGAGGAGAAGGAGGCGCUUUGGAUUACGGUGGAGCCGUGCAUUGACAGCUGGGCCUUGGGGAUCCUCACCUACUGCCUGCUGACCGGCUGCUUCCCAUGGGAGGAGAGCACCGGCGACGACCCGCGCUACACCAAAUACAAAGCUUGGUUUGAGCGCGAGAGCGUGGGCGAGAGGGGCGAGGAGGAAGCCGACUGCUACGCCAUCAUGAAGGAGAAUCACAGCAACAACCCGCCUCCAUCAGAGUUCCACGGCCUCAGCUCACUGGUCAUGGCGCUUUUCCGACAAUUGCUCCACCCCGACCCAGAACGGCGAGGGAACCCUGAGGAGAUCCUGAGCUACCUGGGAGGACCCUGGCUCAUGGAGACGGAGGAGGAGCAGAGGAGGAGGGCAGAGGAGGCCGAGAAGGAGGCCAGGAAAGUCAGGGAGACGGGAGGAGGAGUGGAGGAGAUUGUCAGGGAAGGAAGAAAGGAGAGAUGAGGGGACAUAGGAGGGACUUUUCUUUCUAUUUGUCACAAAAAGUUCAGCUUAUUGGGCUUGGGGUGGAAUUUCAGGGUGAACUCAGAAUGCUCUAGAUUCUAGAACCAUCACCGGAGUACUUAAUGGUAUGUCCAGUGAUUGUAUAAAGGUUAUUGAAUUGCAAAUAUUAGGUUCUAUAUUUUCCAUAGUUUUUUAUUUUUUUAUUUUUACACAGUUAUAAAGUAUAUAUGUAGAUGUCAACUGCUGUUGUAUCGAUUCCAGUGUAUAAAUAUGUGUUUUAUUAACAACAAAAAUAAUAAAGAGUAUGAUAAACAUUCAUGAAAA